AUGUCUCGACAAUCCAUUCCAAGCGGAUGGGCGUUUAAUUCAUGUUUCAUCGAUAACACCUCUGCCGGCCGGCUGCUCACUGUCAACAGUGGACUUGCACCCGAUACGAUGACCGUGGGUCAAUGUAUCGAGUAUUGUUCCUCCAACAACUGGGCCUACGCAGGCGUCGAGUAUGCGAGCGAAUGUUAUUGCGAUCAAGUACUACAUGAAGUCGGUUCGCAGGUCACUGCAACUACCGACUGUAACAUGCCAUGCACUGGCGAUCCUUCUCAAACAUGUGGCGGUCCAAACCUCAUCGACGUGUAUUGGGACGGCGACUCGACCAUACCCUCAAGCCCGCCUACCUUGUACAAGAGUUAUUGGUCGUACAGAAAACACAGGGAUGACACUAGCCAGCGGACACUCAGUCAACAGGUUCAGCCUUAUUCGGGUAGUGUAAGUCCACCGAGUUGCGCGGAUACAUGCGCGUUCUAUGGUUAUACCGUGAUGGGUACUGAAUUCGGGGGCGAAUGUUGGUGUGGCAACAGCACCGGUCCCGCAUCUCAAGUACCCGACACCGAGUGUGGAAUGACAUGUACCGCGGAUCGCGACUACCUCUGCGGCGACGCGAAUCGUUUAUCAGUGUAUCAAAACACCCCGCCGGAGGAAACCUACACCGGGGAAUGUCUCGAUUUGGACAUCCCAACCUGGGUGGAUAUCUCCAAUUUCACUGUUCUCGCGAUCCCUAAAGAGGGUCCGACUGCUAGUGGUGGAUGGGAGGGCUCGAGUCUCCAUAUCAUCGAUGUUUUGGUAGAGGGAGACACGACGUAUUCGCUGCUCUCGGCAUGCCAAGACUGCAACGUCACCUGGCUCGGCUUAUCAUUCAGCGGGGAGGGAGCUGGGUACUUGAUUCCCUCUUCUCCCAACCGCGACGGAGCCGCCCCGAUGCUCAGCCUCAACCUCGUCGCAGGAGAGAGCGUGCGGUUCCAAACCCAGGCAACCAUCACCAGCAUCGAUUAUCCCAACUUCUGCACAUCUGCAAACCCAUAUCCAGCAGGCAGCAGUUACUCACCGACCGACGACGGGCCUGUUCUCCAAGGCGAUUACCACGCCGAUGCGUGGGCGAUGUGUCCUAACACUUCCGCGGUCCCGAAUGAUCGGUUGGAUUUGGUUUCUCAGCCUCAGGUGGGCCAUGCGGAUUAUAAUGUCGAAGAGUGUAUUUUAGUUGAUGUGUGGGUUCAGGUAAAGAAUUUAUUUCAAGAAGACUUCGUAGUAUUGCUUAUUCAAACAACCAAUUUCAAGCUACCACAAGAUGGUACUAGGAUACCGAGAGUGUAUAAAGAAUCUGAGGCGUCUCGGGUAUUUCGUCCGGCGCGUUUAGAGAGGCAAAAGGAUCAAAAUCCCAGCCCAGUCGGUCGUGUCAAUUGGCAUGCAAUGGACAUCUCGAGAGACAAGUACCAGUACCUGUCUGAUUCAUAUAUGCCCCCUCAAGGUUUACUAGUAGUUUUGGUAUCACAUACUAGCAUUCACAUGGCAUGGCAUGUCGGCGCAUCUAUCUAUCUCUCCAACGCCGUCCAGUUCCUGUGCGUCUUUCGGGGGCAUCAAGGGGUAAACAUUUCAGUGCGACAGACCGAUAUCCCAACUGGAUGGUAUCCUUAUUCUUGUUUCAUCGAUAAUACAUCGGCUGGUCGCCUGCUUACCACCAACAGCGACCUUCCUUCAAGUACCAUGACGAAAGUAGUAUGUAUCGAGUACUGCGCUGCAAACAAUUGGACGUAUGCAGGUGUCGAAGACGGGGGUGAAUGCUUUAGACUAAAACUCAAACCCGCUUCAUCUGCCUCUGCAGAUUGCGACGAGCUAUUCCAUGAAGACGGCUGGCAAGGGACUGACUCUAGCGAAUGCAACAUGCCAUGUAACGGCGAUCCCACUCAGACUUGCGGCGGGCCUAAUCGUAUCGAUGUAUAUUGGGACGGCGAUUUCUAUACACCCAGCAGUCCUUCGACUUUGUCCCGCAGUUAUUGGUCCUACAGUGGCUGUUUUGAGGAUAGCCCCAGCCAAAGAACCCUCAGUGCACAAGAGUCUACUUUUGGUGGUGUAACCCCAGCUACCUGCGCAGAUGCUUGCGCGUUCAAUGGUUAUACCAUAAUGGGCACUGAAUACGGUGGCGAAUGCUGGUGUGGCAACAGCACAGGUACAGCAGCUCAAGUCUCCGACACCGAAUGCGCGAUGACCUGUAACGCGGACAGAGACUAUCUGUGUGGCGACGCGAAUCGACUUUCCGUGUAUCACCACAACCCCCCUCCUCCAGAAAUGUACACAAACCAAUGUAUAUUGGAAAUUCCGACUUGGCUCAAUUCUUCACAUUUUUCUCUUCUCGCGAAUCCGAAAGAGCCGUCGACGUCGGGUAGUGGUUGGGAUGGUGCGAUUCUGCGUAUCAUAGAUGUCUUGACAGUAGAAGAUACAACCUGGUCAAUUCUCUCAGCAUGUCAAGCCUGUAAUACAACCUGGCUUGAUCUUUCUUUCAGUUCAAGUAAUGGGGGAUCCUUAAUACCCGAGUCUUCGUACCUUAACGGAGUUGCCCCGAUGAUCAGCCUGGAUCUUAUUUCUGGAGAAAGUGUCAUAUUCCAGACUCAGUCAACGCUACCUGUUGGAUAUAACGGAUAUACUGGAUAUUGCGCAUCCGAUGAUCCGUAUCCUCCUGAGCAGUCAAUGGGUAACUCACCAACAGAUGGCCCAGUCUUGCUAGGCAAUGGACAUGCAGAUGACUGGGCGAUGUGCCUAAACUCAACGGCAUUCCCAGUCAACCGACUAGACCUUAUUUUUCAGCCAAAGGCAAAUCAUCCUAACUAUAAUCUUGAGGAGUGUAUUGCAGUGGAUUUGUGGCUGGAAUGA